AUGUCGCUGACCAACACAAAGACGGGCUUUUCAGUAAAGGACAUCUUGGACCUCCCUGACACCAAUGAUGAGGACGGCUCGGCGGCGGAGGCGACGGAGGAAGACGGGGAGGCUUCGGAAACAGUCGAAACUUCGGGGUUUGCCGGGCAAAGUCCGCUGGAAACUGUACAGAGGAUCCCUCUGAAGAACCCCUUUUACGAUAGCGCCGAUAAUCCGUACACCCGGUGGUUGGCCACAACUGAGAGUAUCCAGUAUUCCUGUAAUUCCUUUUUUUAUAUUUCCUUUUUCUGUACAGUGCACGGGAUUUCAACUAACAAUUCCCAACAGCAGAAUUCCUCGAGUAAAUCUUCGGAUCCUUCGGCGGACGAAUCGCAGGAUAACGCAACGGAGACGUCUAGCAACGGCAGCGAGUCGGGGAAAAAGCGGAAACGGAGGGUUCUGUUUUCCAAGGCUCAGACUUACGAACUCGAGAGACGUUUCAGGCAGCAGAGAUACCUGUCGGCGCCCGAGAGGGAGCACCUCGCCAGCCUGAUCAGACUCACGCCAACCCAGGUCAAGAUCUGGUUCCAGAACCACAGGUAUAAGAUGAAGCGGGCCAGGGCCGAGAAAGGUAUGGACGUAAACCCUCUCCCCUCACCGAGAAGGGUGGCCGUGCCAGUUCUAGUGAGGGACGGCAAGCCUUGUCACGCUAGUAUGGUGACGAACGCUCUGAAAAGCCAGGACUUGGCCGCGGCCACCUUCCAGACCAGCAUCGCCUUCCCAGCCUAUACCACACAGUCCCUCCAACACAUGCAGUAUAACUCCCAUUUCAGCUCUGCCAGUAAUCCCCAGUAUCACACACACCCGCUGGUGCAGAGUCAGCAGUGGACUUGGUGA